AUGGAGGUGGUAGAUGGCGCGCGCGAAGAGGACGUGGAGCUGUGGAAGGGAACGCUAGAUGAUGAUGCCUUUACCAAACUUAGUGAAGCAGACAUCGGUUAUGCGACUCACGUAGCAGCAACUUCGAUGGGUCUGGAGCCUAACCAGCGACAAGAGCAAUUAGCCACUCAACGACCGAGAAAGAAUGGUGCGAUUACGACGCAACGAUUUAAGCGCAAGAACUUUAGUAAACAGCUACAGCUGUUGUGUCUACAACGAUAUGCACAAUACGCACGAGAUUUUGGCCGUCUCCCUGAUAAAUACGAGACACAGCAGCUUUUACAACAGAGUUAUCUUCAGUUCUUAAAAGAAGGCGGGACAGCCGAUGAACCUAAACUUACUCAUGCAGAAUUUCUUAAACUUAUACGAAAUCGACGUAGAGAGAUUCAUGCAAGGGCACAACGUCCACCUAAACAGAACAAAGACGAUCAUAUUACGGCCAAGAUGGCGGGACUUACGCCUGCUAAAAGAAAAUUACAAGAAGAACAUGCUAAAAUUCAAGAGCUUAUUCAAGUUAUUGAUCGAGCACGAGAGCAAGCAGGAUUAAUUUCAGAUUCUCAACCGCAACAACGGCGUCCUAGACCACUGUUAGCGGGGGUGGAAAAGCGACAUGCUCAGCAGCAGCCAACAACAGCGGAGAUGGUCGUGGUUUCUCCACCGUCAACAAUACAUAAUCUAACAUCACUUCACGUACCAGCAGACCCGGUGGAACUAAUGGAGACAAUUUUACAAAUUCAUGUUGAAACACGGGACGUGCAACGUGAAAUUGUGGCAAGAUUACGGUCUAUCAACUGUGUAAUAAGCCAGCAUGGAGGGCAUGGAGAAAUGGAAGAGCCAUCGAGUGUCAGCGUUUGA